AUGGGGGCAUCACGCCACUCGGACCCGCGGACUGGCGAUUAUGAAGGCUGGCGAAUUGCAACUGUUGAUUGUCUGGAGCUUGACGAUCGCGAUUACGAUGUGAGAGGUGUACGCAUCUGGAUGAACAGUGAGCAGUACUACAUCAUCCUUGGCGUACCACUCUUCGUCGGCGAUGCAGUGGCCGAGAUGAGCUUUCCAAGCAACGUGUCAAAGGAGUGGGAUCAAGACUGGGCUUCUUAUACCACCGCUGCGCGUGACGAUGCCGGCUACACUGCCGAGGAUACCAACAUCUAUUACGUCAAAGGAAAUGGCGAGGAGUGCCUCAGAGGGCUCCGUGAGUUCACCAGAAGAGUGCAAGAGGGGGUGCUGGCCAAGGGUUACGACAGUCAUCGAUACUACGGCGUGGUGAUGUACUCGCAAAUUAUGGCAGCCCUGGUGCUUCACGAUCCUACAUGGCAGCACUCUCGAAACAAUCUCACCAGGCAGAACGAGGAAGAGAGGGAGCAAUGGGAGAAGGAUCAUGCGAAGGAUAUUGUGCACAAAGGGCCUAGCUUCAGAGUACUUAGAGAUGGAACGACUGUGCACGCUAAAAUUUGGGGCUUUUAUACGUAA